UAAUGAAAGGAAGAGUAAAGAUAAAGAACUCAUUUUGUUACAAGAAGAAAUUAUGCAAAUAGAAAUUACUAGAAUUAUAAACAAAGCAGAAAUAGAAAUAACAGAAGAAAAGAUGCAGAUAGCAGAUAAGUUAGAUAGUUAA